AAAAUCAUUAUAUCCUCAUUAAAGAUCAUCACUUUUUUUUUUUUCAGGGUCUCUCUGUUUCUCUCCAAUGGAUCGAGCUCAGUUAGUUCUGGUUGGAUUACCAAUCUUUCUGUUCUGCACAGACAUUUUUAGCCUUUUCACACCUAAACCUCCAAAAACCAGUACCCAUUAUCAUGUUCAUGAUGAUGAAGAUCCUCAGCCCCUUGACCAUCCAGAUCCUCAACAACAACAGCUUCUCCAAGAGCCCCUUAAAUUCCCCACCCAGCAGAAAUCUGAUGGCAUUGGAGCAAUUGGCAUGGGAAGCACCAUCAACAUUGAUUUCUGUACAUCUUGUUCUUACAGAGGAAGUGCAAUAACAAUAAAAAACAUGCUGGGAACAGCAUUUCCUGGGAUCAAUGUAAUUCUGGCAAACCACCCUCCUCCACUUCCAAGACGGCUGCUGAGCAAAUUGGUACCAGUUUUUCAAGUAGGGAUCAUCGGGACGAUAAUGGCGGGCGAACAUAUUUUCUCGAGGUUGGGGAUUACAACGCCACCUCCUUGGUACCACUUCUUGAAAGCAAAUAGAUUUGGAAGCAUUGCAAGCACUUGGAUUUUGGGAAACUUCAUACAAUCCUUCCUUCAAAGUACAGGAGCUUUUGAAGUCUAUUGUAAUGGGGAAUUGGUCUUCUCGAAGCUGAAGGAGCAGAGGUUCCCUAGUGAGAUUGAGUUGAGGGAUCUUGUUGGGAAGAAGCUCGGUAGUCCAAGAACCGCUGACGGUCCUGGAGGAGGGGCCUGGUCUUAGCGCCCUGUGGGAGGGGACGUUACCUUAAAUUUUGGUUGCUAUGAGAGCAAGAUUGCCUUGUUGCUUAUAUGCUUUAUAAAAGAUGCAUGAACUGCCACACGAUUGAAUAACCACAGUUGUUCAUAACAUUACUCAAAGCUGUUUACCGGACAAACAUGUCUAAAUGAAGAGACUCUGCGCUUGACAAUUACUUUUCGAAUUUCCUUUUUUCUUUCAUAUUUUGGUACAAUCACGAGUGUAAAAUUAAAAUGCGGCUUGCAAUGUUCUGAAGCCUAGCUACAUAAAUUACUUUG